AAAAUUUUUAGUGGAAACCCAUCAUACCACAAAACUCGAACUCCAUGGAAGAGUUGGUAUGGUCAGUCACGCGAUUCUGGACACUCAGCACAAUCCUGGUGCGAUACCAUCCAACGGCAACCAUCGGUAUCAAAUGUUUGAUUUUUGCAAGAAAAGCAUACAGAAUGUGAAGGAUUUUCUGCAGCAAUACUGUGAGGGAAGGAGGCUGGCUGGCUACAUCAUGUACCAGGAUCCGCUUGCCAUGUUCUACGAAGCUGUGUGCGUGGGAAUAGAUUUCAAUGGCAAUGUAAAUGCCGAUUAUUUUCAACUACCUCCGCCUCCGACUGUUUCAGAGAAUCCCCAGCAAACGGAGAAGCCAAAACCGAAGAAACGACAGGCGAAGUCUCUGAAAACCGGGCUUGCAGCACAGUGCAGAGGGAGAGAGCGGGAAAGAUGACGCUGGGAGAUGUCGGAGGUUACUUUCAUCUUCCGAUCGAAAAGGCUUCUGAAAGAUUGCGUUUAUGUCCUACCGUUGUCAAGAAAAUUUGCCGAAAAGGUGGAGUGGGACGGUGGCCUUAUAGAAAGGUUCAAUGUAUCGAGAGAAAGAUCUUGGAAUUAAAGGAGCAGCUAAAGAGAGAAGACGAACCGAAAAGGAGUCGCACCCAAGCAGAGAUCGAGGAAUGGCAACGAAAAUUGGACAAGAUCCGC